CUUGUCUAACCUCCAACUCCACUGUCUACAGGUACCUAAAUAUUUUUUUUAAUAUCACCAUCCUAAACCUUAAACAUGUCAUCCCGCAAAGCUGGAAAGAAGACGGUUAAGAAACGCGCCCAGCGUGCAACCAGCAAUGUCUUUGCCAUGUUUGAUCAGGCUCAGAUCCAGGAAUUUAAGGAAGCUUUUAAUAUGAUUGACCAAAACAGAGAUGGUUUCAUUGAUAAGGAUGAUCUUCAUGACAUGCUGGCAUCUCUAGGCAAGGACCCGAAGGAUGACUACCUGGAAAGCAUGAUGAAUGAGGCUCCAGGUCCUAUUAACUUCACCAUGUUCCUGACUCUUUUUGGGGAGAGACUCCAAGGCACUGACCCCGAGGAUGUGAUCAAGAACGCAUUUGGCUGCUUUGACGAGAACAACUCAGGUUACAUCAACGAAGAGCUUCUGCGUGAGCUGCUCACAUCCAUGGGGGACCGCUUCACCGAUGAGGACGUGGACGAGAUGUACCGGGAGGCGCCCAUCAAGAACUCCAUGUUCGACUACGUGGAGUUCACGCGCAUCCUCAAGCACGGCGCCAAGGACCUGGAGGACCAGUGAGGCUCGCUUCUGUUGCCUUCCCAAAACAUUUAUUCAGCUUCUAAUUCGAUAUAUUUUAGUAGUAAAGAAAGUCUCAAAAGGUAUUGAUGUUUCCUCGUAUAAAUUAAAUUCACUUGUUAUAUCUGGGACGUGUUUUGUGAUAAUUGCUUAGGUUGUGAGCCUUGGCCACAUAAUGUAAACACACAUCCUCUACCGUCUCGAGCUAGGUUACUAAAUGAGAUUCAUGCAGAGCAUGGAGGUCGUGACAAAAUUUAUAAUAAUAUUAUGGGACGAAAGUGAAGAUGCUAGCAUACCAGACUCGACAUUGCUGCGGCCACUCAAAGAUACAUUCCUAACCAACAUUUUGCACAUAUAUAUGAUCAUCUUCUUCACACGUGUAUCCUUAAAUUCUUCUUUGUCAUUGAAGGUGACCUACAAUUCCGUUUCUUGAACCUAUUUAUUUUAUUUAUGAUACUUGAUCCGCUGCGGUCAGAAAGUUUCUCUCGUGCCUUACGCCGCUGGUGGCGAGCAUGUGUUGUCCGCUAUUAGGAUACUACAAGCGGGGUUGUUUAAGUAGGCUAGUUAAGUUAUUGACUAUAAAAAGGUAGAACUAACUUUCUUGAGCAUGAGCUGUUUGUAUUCCGUUUUUAUUACUAACAACCUAUGCUUCAGUAACUAAAGGAAAAAUUCGAUUUUCACUUCAACUUCAGUGGGUCAAAAGUCAAAACGUUUUCUCGUAGAAAGAACGUGGGGGUGUAGUUUCGUUCGUAAGAAAACAAUUACGUACUUAUUUGUACAUGAAAUUGGUAGUUGAUAGUUUCUCACCUCAAAGUAUAUAUUUACCGCUUAUUUUUUCUUACUUUCUAAUAAACAUGGUUGCUUUAC